AUGCCAGCUUACAACAGAAACGAACGUCGCAAGUCCAUGGCCGAGCGCAGGCCCAGUGCUUCGUAUGCUCCUUCCAAGAUCCCCCACUUGACCGGUUUGGAAAAACCCAACCAGCACUCUCUCAAGCUUGACCACUGUGACAUCUUGAUUCUCGGAACUGGUCUUGUGGAAUCCGUCUUGGCAGCUGCUUUGGCCUGGCAAGGCGUGGAGGUUCUUCACAUUGACCAUAAUAAUUACUACGGAGACUCUUCUUCGACGUUGACCAUUGACCAACUCAAGAAGUGGUGUGUGGAGGUAAACCAGGGUAAGGUGCGUCACUUCCUGGACGCUCAGAUUUAUAUUCCUGGAGGCAAGCGUACCAAUGAGUUCAACUCCAAGGAUUACGGGAUUGACUUGACUCCCAGAAUUGUGUUCUCGCAGCUGGACCUCUUGGCGCUCUUGAUCAAGUCUAGGGUGUACAAGUACUUGGAGUUCCAGAGCUUGCUGAACUUCCACGUCUUCGAGAACGACAACUUCAAAUCUAAUAUCUCCAACACAACCAAGGAGCACAUCUUCACUGACCAGCUGUUGUCCUUAACCACCAAGAGACUGUUGAUGAAGUUUCUCAAGUUCGUUCUUCAGGACAACAACGAUCCCGAGAAGAAGAAGAUCUUGGUGGACAACUCCCACGUCAAGAUCGAGGACUUUUUGGCUAAUUCCUUCGGCUUGAAGCUGCCGCAACUGGACGAGCUUAUUUAUCUGAUUGGUCUCGCUAACAGAAGCGGCACCAGAACACCUGAAGCCGUGGCUCGUAUCAAGCGUUUCUUAGUUUCCUUUGACGUCUACGGCAACUUCCCAGUGAUGGUUUCCAAAUACGGAGGUCCUGGCGAAAUCUCGCAGGGCUUCUGCAGAAGUGCCGCUGUCGCUGGUACCACUUACAAACUUGACACCACUCUCGUUGACUUUGACCCACAGCUCAAAAUUGCCAAGUUCAGUGACGGCUCCCUGGUCAAGAUUCAAGAGAAGGUUGUCGCAGCACCUACUCAGGUGCCCAAGUUUUUGGCCACUUCAUACAAGGAAGCUUCUGAAAAGUUGCAUCCAUUCACUGUAACGAGGCUCACCACCAUUGUCAGAAAAGACUGCAAGGAAUGGAUGUCUGAAAACGAAUCCUCCGCUGUGGUUGUGUUCCCACCCGAGUCUUUGCCCACCAACAACGUUCACACUGUUCAGGUUGUCAUUCAAAAUGGUGGCUCUGGCGUCUGUCCACAGGGUCAGUCCAUCUGGUACUCCCACACCUGUGAGCAGAAUUCCGAUAAGGCAAAGAAGGAUUUGGAGAGUGCUUUUGAGAAGAUGGAGAAUGCUAUCUUGAGAGAAAGCGCUACCAACCUCGAAAACUUGCUCGACAAGAAGGAUUUUGUUGUCAACGACAGAGGUACCCCAAUGCUUGUCAACUCCUUCAAGCUCGGUGAGUCCUUGCAGAGCUUUGUGCCUAAGGAAACUUUGGACAUUGUCUGUAAGUUUGGCUACGUUCAGACCACCUACAUUAAUCCCGAUUUGUCCAACGUCUUGUCGACCUCAAACACAUCCAACAGCAUCACGCACGCAACAGUUUCGGACACUGACGACAUUAUGUUCCUGAACAUGCCGUCGGCGGAAAUCAGUUACGACGGUAUCAUCAGUGAAGUGAAGAUGUUGUACAAGAGGAUCACGGGCAGUGAUGAAGACUUCUUUGACGUCGACUUCGAGGACGAAGACGACGACUACGAAAGAGCUGCUGCUUCCACUUCCGCUGUUAUCGACAGUGAGCUGGACAUGAACGACGAUCUGGACUACGACCCGGUCCACCACGAGCCAUUUGGAGCUGGCGAGAUGGAAUUAUAG